AGCAGCAGCAGCAGCAGCAGCAACAACAGCCCAGACAGCCGUCGAGAGAGAACAAAUUCGAUCCGCGACGAACGCAAGGUAAGCCUCGCUCCUGGAGCGCGCGAUCCCGCGUUGCAUAAUAACUCGGCGCCGACCGUUAAUGGACGUUGCGUAGAGACGUUCGCUCGGGGUUUGUGUUUGACACGCGUUUUUACUCGCCUCUCUCUCUCUAUCUCUAUAUAGCCAGAGACACGCGUAGACACGCACGCGUACACGCGCGAACAUGCGCCGAUCAGGGAGCGAUCGGUGAUCACUGAGAGUGCUCGGGGUGUUCUCGGCGAGGAGGCGAUCGCCGGGGUACGCGCGCGCGUCUGCCGUCACUGAGGAGCCCGAGUUGUUUUGCAGAGGAGCGAGACGCCGCCAGCUCGGGCGGCUACGCUUGCGGAUAGCGAGAGCCUCGCCGAGACGCCGGGGACGAGUACUCUGAACGAUCACCGGCGUGUUUCCCCUCCCCUUGGCUGUUACGCCGCAAACACUAACUCCGUUUUGUAUGUCCCGUCUUGUAGCACGCUCGCUCCCUGGAUAUAUUCGUAUACAAAGGGGCCCGCAGCCUUUGGGAGAGAAGUCGUUCUAUUUGGACGUAAAGAACCAUGCCGUCGCGGCCAAGCUAGAGGCACAGAUCAGGAAGUUGGGUGGUGCGGUCGAGUUGUUUCUAGUGCGCAGCGUGAAUCUCGUCGCCAGCGAUAGAGUGGACAGGGCGGGCCACGCCAACUUGGAGAGACAUAGAUGGGUUUGCAACAUCAGCGGAGGCAGCGGGGGACCCCGCUCACUGAGAAGCGUCGAAGUCCCGACUCCCACACCCCCGACGCCGUUGCCGAGCUCUGAAUGCCCCUCGUCCAAUUCUACUCUGCGGGGUCAAACUACCAGAUCUAAAUCGCGGGUGGAUGCAAUGUUGGAACGUGCUCUGACGCAGCCACAACAGUGUUCCGUGGAUCCACUAAACAACGCCCAUAGUUGGGGAAUUCCUAUCUGGACGACGGACAAGCUUCAGGAUUGGCUCGACAAGAUCUACGAGUCUCUCACGAGCACCUCGAGCUUGAAGCAAGUCAAUCAGCAGAGCUCGACGAAGCUCAAGCACUUGAAGAGACCGUACGUCAAAUUUGACUCUAUCCACAGAUCUACUCGACCAGUGUUUCUGGAAUUGCCGUCGUGGCCCACGUUGAACUUUGACGGCGAUCCUGGUUCGUGUCCCUUCGACGCAAAGAAGCAGGAGAAACGAGAGAGCAAAUUGACAAACAAAGAGAUCAAGGAGAAUAAGAGGGAAAUUGAAUCUGUAAAUAAGGCGGAGGGUAAAGAAAUGACUCGGAGACCCCGUGCCACUGCCGCACGUGCCCGCAGAACGGAACAGCUGGUCGCUGGCUAUUGCGAGAUUUGUCGUGUACAUUAUAACGAUUUGUCCAAGCACGUGCAAAGCGAACAGCAUCUCAACUUUGUGGGGAACGAUGACAACUUCUUGUCGUUGGACACGCUGAUCAACGCGGGCGCCAACGUGGAGGCGUUCUUAAAAUUGAACCGAACAAAGGACAUUGAAAAGGACUGCGGCUUAUUCCCCAACGGAGAUGGCAAUCUUCACAGCGUAGUACUGCCCGAGGAGAAGGUGAACAAGAACACCAAGACUUUAAGUAACUUUACCGUGGACGAGAUAAAAAUGGUGAAUGGUGCGCGCAGAAAUCUUAAUCUCAAGUUAAGCUCGUCGCACAAUCUACGCGCUCGCACGAAACACGAGAGCGGGCAUCUCCUCAGGUCGAAGGGCAGUCCGUGGCACGAGGUCGACAAGAGCGAGAAGCUGUACGACAAGUUGGAGGGCUACACCAUCAAGAAGCGCUCGAAAGGCACCAUCUGGAUCGAGGAGGACGACAAGUACACGGAGGACAUCCUGAAGGAGCCCAAGCACGAGGACUACAAAAUCAGAACGUUUCCGAACAAUAUCGAGUUUUAUAACAGUAAGGAAGAUAAUAUCAAUAACAAGCACGGUAAUCUGGAUCCGCCAAAGUUACAGUCGGUGAUCGUGCAUAGAAAUGCGCAAAACGGUAUUAUAAACUCGCGUCACAUAUCGGAGGAUCCAGACUAUCUCGGUAGUAAAAAUGAGUGCAACGGUGACGAAAACUCGGGUGUCUUGGAGUGCGCGAUAAAAGCGGUCGGUGUCGACAGUGGUUACAUUGUGACGAGCUGCAAAGACGAUUCGUUUCAGAGAAACAAUUGCGCGCUGCCGAGUACGGAGAAGGUGACGGCGGACGCGAGGAAGUUGAGCGACGCGAACGAGAUCGUUUGCAACGGGCAUAGCGAGCAGAGCGACUUGAAGGCGUCGCAGGGAGAGAACGCUCGGCACGCGAGGCCCAGGCAUCCGCGCGUGAGUCGGAGGGGCGGCAGAGGUAUCAGGGGUCGAUACCGACAUCGACUGUCUGUGGAGGAGCGUUUGAUAGAGGACAAUCGCGCCUACUACAAGGUGGAAGUGUUGGGUAACAAGUUGCGGUCGAGCGCGGCGCCGGGCGGCAAUUCGCAGCACGCGGCGUUCAAGGAUGGCGAGGACGAGGAGAAGAAGGAGGCGCCGUCCAACGAGAAGCCGGUGGUGGUGCGGUUUAAACGUGUUAGGAAAUCGGAGUUGUCGUUACUGAGCGACGAGGCGGAAUCCUUCAUGUUCGGCGAGCCGAAGCGAGACGAUUCGAGCGAGCGAACCAGCGACGGCGAGCAGAGCAGCGUGUUACCGAGGGACACGGACAGCGAGACCCACGAGAACGUCAAUUCGUCCGUGUCGUUGAACUCGAGCCCCAUUAAGCAGGAGAUCGUCGAGGAGGACUCGCAGGACUCCGUGCACCUGGGCAGAGCGAGGAAGAGAAGACGUACGCAGGCGGAGGCGUUCAUCAAGGACAAUACGGACUACUACAAAUUCGAGACGCCUGGCAGCAGGCUAAGGUACCAGGCUCCACUGACCGGUAUCAAAGACGCCGAUGGCAGUAGGGAACAAGGGGCGACGAAGGCAUCGGAGGAUUGCAGGCCGCAAGCCGACAGCGUAGUCGAGAAAGUUUAUCCGUCCAAGCCGUCGGCGGAGAUUGAGAAGAUGCAGUUCUCCUUCGAGUCGGUGCCUCUGUCCGAGCCGUGGUACCAGACGUAUCAGCGUCAGGACGCGGGCGCCGAGUUUUGGCAUUGCUUCAGCGAGUGCGAGGCGAUGAAGCCAUUUCUCCUGCCGUACGAGAUCGAGAACUUCCAGGAGACGUUGCUGAAAGCGCAGAACAGAAUGGAGAGCGGCAGGAGAAGGGGCCGCGGUCGCGGCGCGGGCUGCGCGGGCCGCUCGCCGAGGAAGAGUCCGCGCUGCCAUGCGUCCACGUUAGCUAUUAUGUCCACCAUAAUCCGCAAAAGGGAACAGCAGUCGACUCUACCUACGAUAGAGGAGUCGCCGUCCGUCAGCAGAUCACGCGUCAACACCCCCAAGGCGUUCGAACAGAAGCCGGAGCUCAAAUUAGACGUGGACGAGGAGAUAAAGGAGAUAGCGAGGACGAUCGACGAGAUGUUGAGCGCGAAGGGCGAAUUGGACGACUCGUUCGAGCCCGAUUUGGAUGUGGCGCAUACCGAGAGCUUCUGCGAGACGAACCUGACGAAGGGCGCGCCGCCGAAUCUGCUGGAGCUACUCGACAACUGUCAGGACAUGACCAACUGUCUGGAGAACAACUCGUCGUGCGCGAGCUCGGAAUGCGGCGAGAUCAGCACGGAUAUUCCGCUGAAGCGACGGAAAAGGAGAAAAAAUCGGACCGGCUGGCCAGUUGGUAACAAGAUGAAGAAAAAGAUACAAACCAACAGCAAGAUCUUGACGGACUGCGACCGGGAAUCGUUGGCGGACAGGAGGCUCUAUUCCGACGACGCCUUAGCCGGACGUCACACGCUGGACAACGGAUUGUCGGAGACGAACGUCGCAAUGGCCGCGGAACGGCUGGGUCAGAAGAGCGACGUGGACGCUGCGUUGGAAGCCAGCACUACGUCUCACAAGCCGUACCAUGAGACGCUCGGCAAGAGGAACAGGAGCGUAGAGGCUGUCGGCAACGACAGCACGAGCCUGUCGGCCUGUGCAAAGGUGUGCAAGGAUUACGUGGAGUCCGUUCUCGAAAAGGCGUGCGACGACGGGACGAACACGAGUCAUCUGUCGAGCAAGGAUUAUCCGUGUAGGAAAGACCUGUCGGAGUUGGCGGAGAUGUUGGGUAACGAUUCGGGCAACGACGAGAAUCACGAGAACCAGAAGAACCUGGCCUUCGGCAGGAAGGACGUGAACGCGAUCGCCGAGAGCCUGGUCGUCGCCAAGUCGUCCGUGAGGAAACAGCGGCAGCGCGAGCACGUCGCGAGCAGCGCCGACAGCUGCGAGUCGCGGGACACGGAGAUCGAGAACCAGGACAAUCUGCAGUUGCAGCAGUGUAGAAAGGAGGAGACCGGUAUAGUUCCUAAGAAACACCACAAUUCCACCGGCGAGUUGUCGCUGCCGAAGCGGCAGCUGCGCGGCGGCAAUUGCGAGGAGAACUCGUCCGACACGGGGGAGUUGUCGAAACACGGCCGCCACGGUAUCAUGUUCGCCGCGACGAGGCGCGGUCGGAUGGGCCCGCGGCGGCGGAUCUACUCGAGGAAGCGCCAGUCGAAGGCGGCCGUCACUCGCAACAGCGUCAACCUGUCGUCGCCCGAUCGCGUCGGGAUGAUUUACGAGGACGAGAAUUGUAAAAAGGACGCCUACUUGAGUAUUACGUCGUGCAACAAGAAGCGGCAACAGUCACCGGCGAGCGGCGGGGUGCGCGGCGGCGUAAAGCGCAAGAGCGAGGCCAUCUCGUCGUCGGACAACAUCCAGGAGUCGUCCGACCCGACGAUGGAUCAGUGCGCGCUGUCGGAGCGCGUCAGCCCGUCGAUGCUGUCGUCCACCGAACUCGAGCAGCGUCGCUCGAGCAUCGAGUUUCAGCCGGUCGUGCGGAUGAUGAAGCUCGACGACCAGGUGGACAUGGACCACGGUAUCCUGUCGACGGUGACGGUUGCGAGCAACCGGCGGCUGAGAAGCUCCGGCGGCUCACCGCCGCGCUCGAAUCCCAAGCCGGCGAGAAAGCGCGUCAAGUCCGGCCGCGGGCACUUCGGCCGGUGGUUGAAGAACAGCUGAAGACCUGGAGAACGGAGGCGGAGACGAAAGAGGCUGUAUUUCGGCUUAGAUUUCAACGACGCUGGCCGGUUGUCGAUCUCGCAAUCCGAUAUCUCAUCCCGCCACAGUGUACAUUGUGUAUAAAAAUAUUAUUUGUGUACGUAGAAUAGUAUUUAACAUUGCAUCAUAGUAUUAUAUAUAUAUAUAUAUAUUAUAUAUAUAAUUUCUCUCUAUCUCUUUAGUGAUGCCAUUCUACUUAGUGACGUUCUUUCAGGUGGCUAGUUUUAACACUCCCCACCCGGUAUAUCCCACUGUGUACAUUCUUUAGAUGCGGUCGUUGUGUUCUCAGAGACGGGACAGUUGUAUCUUUUUCUGUUCUUUUUUUUUUACUAGUACCACGUCGUUCCUUACCUUCUUUUCCUCCUUUGUCGUGUCGUUUUGUGUAAACGAAAAUUGGGUACCACUUUGAUGACAAUCGUUUUGUUCGGAUCAUGAUUAAGGAUUAUCUCUAUUUAAGGUAUAUUACAUUUUAGAGUACGCAAGACUGCAUACAGCUUUAUAACAUUGUAAUCAUGUACACGACACACACACCACACCAUACAUGCAUACAUACACGAGAUACGCAACACACAUUUCCGUUAUAUUGUGUAUAUUAUUGAAGGUAAUAUUCUAUAUUUUCAAUUCCUGAGUAUAUCCACAUUAUUUCAAGCAGAAUUGCUGUAAAUGAGUUCAGAAAGAGAAAUUAUUAUUAAAGAAUACAAAUUUUUCAUGAAAAA